AUGGGCCUUGUCAACUUAAAUUUGGAUCGUGUUUUAAUUGUGGAAGAGGGUCAUUUGGUAAAGGAUUGUCCAAACAACAAGAAGAAAAAUCAACAGAAAUCCAGUCCUCCAGCAAGUAGAGUAUUUGCAAUGGUACAACUUGAAGUUGUCGAAGAUGUGAAAGAAGUUACAAGUACAAUGUAUGCUUAUGCUACACCUGCUUUUACCCUAUUUCAUUCAGAUGCCACUCAUUCCUUUAUAUCCACAAAAUUUUUGCAUAAUCUUAAUAUUAAACCAACUCUAGUACCACAUAAUAUGGACAUCAUUACUCCAUGUGGACCAAAUCGCCAUGCAAAAUUUAUUUUACCACAUGGAGUAACGAUGUCCAUAUUAUGUGGCCAUGCAAAAUUUAUUUUACCAAAUGCUAGGGUAUAUAUUGAACAUAUGGAACUUCUAACAAAUCUUAUCCUGCUUGACUUCUAUGAUUUCGAUAUUAUAUUAGGCAUGGAUUGGUUAACCACCUAUGAUGCUUUAAUUGUUUGUAUGUCCAAAACAUUGAAGCUUCUAGGCUCAGGAAAAGUCCCAUGCUAUGCCAAUUGCCUUCCAAAGAGAGAGGGGAAAAACCAAUGA